AUGGACGCGCUCCGGCGUCUCCGCAACUCAUUGCUCGACUUGGCGCUGCUCAGCCGCCAGCGCCCCGUGCUCGACGCGCAGGCGCUGCAGCUCACGUUCAUGACGGAGCAACUCGUGGUCACAGGCGCUCCGUCAAGUGGACCGACCGAUACGAAGCGCAAUGCAGUGAACGCGACCGACUUGGCGCACUUUCUCGACACGGUCUAUGGUCGCCACUAUCUGUUGUUCACCUGCAGCGCACUGCAACAGGACGAAGCCGUCACGAGGUACGCAGCAGCAGGAGAUACACUGUCGCUGGUCGACACGCUGCACGGGCAGCUGCUCGACUUCCAGUGGGCUCGCGACGGAAUGGAAGCGCACACGCCGCCGCUGGAUGUCGUGUUCCGCAUGUGCUACGCGCUCGACGCGUACCUGGCGCUCGACCGACAGAACGUGGCACUGGUCAACUGCCACACGGGCAAAACGAGGAGCGCACUGGUCGUGGCUUGCUACCUCCUGUUUGCACGCCUGGAGAGCGACCCGAUUGAGGCGCUGGCUGUGUUUUACCGGAAACGGUGGCACCGGAAGGCGCUGACGGCGCAGAGCCUACGCGAGAAAACGCCGCCGUCGAUUCGACGGUUCCUGACAGAGUUCCACCAGUUGCUGGGCCCACACAAGUCACGGAAUUUCAAGCCGAUGCUACUCAAGACGAUCGUGCUGAGGAAACUGCCGGUCGACCUCCAGCCUCGUGUGCAGAUGUGGGACGACGAACAACUUGUCUUUUGCACGGACGCUGACGCGAGCGUCGAACAGCCCGUGUUGUUGGACUGGAACGAAGAAGACGGAUGCUUUGCUAUUGUGUGGGAAAACGGACUCGAGUUGAAUGGAGGAUUCUCGCUCGUGUGCUCCUUUGGGGGCGAUUACGAAAAUGUGGAUGACAUGGACGCGGCCUCGAGAGUGCUGUUUCGGUAUGCGGAAUCGACGCUUUUUCUCUCGCCGGGGCUAGUCACGCUCACGAGACACGAUUUGGACUUGAUGAAGCAGUACGCGCACGGAUUUGACGACGACCAGUUUUCGAUUGAGCUAAAUUUGCAUGAGAAUAGCGCCAAGCGUCCGCGUGACAUGGUGAGAAUGGACUACUCGGGGAGAUUCGCAAUGUGCCAGGGUUUGAUCGAGAUUUCCAAGCACCACGUCGUUGUGCCGGAUACUGCAAUGCAUUCGGAGCUCAUUCGUAUGGGCUUUGGCGAAGUGCCUGCUACAUUUGCACUUCAAUGCUCUCAGAAUACCCCGAGUUUGGCGCUAGAGUUAUUACGGUGCAACGAAUUGUCUGCCUCCUUUGUCCACGAAACGAUGGGGAAUACAGCUGAACAAGGCCCAGUCGAUUCUAUUGAGGCCAGCCAGAAUCCCCAAAUGAGAUUUGAUACUCCGUCAAGCACGCGACUGGGGCCUGCUUUCGAGGUCGAUCGAGAAUCUAGUACUGCGCCUGCCGAAUCUCAAGCUCUUGACGGUGGAAGAAAUGUCGGAGGUGUACCGACAGCUCUUGGCAUCAUGUCCACCGCUACAAAUAAACAGAGUCGGGCGGUAGAUGAUGAUUCUGAAGAACUGGGACGUCGGAAGGAGUAUGUUGCGUCGACUGGUUUGUCAUGCGGCGACCUCACGAAAGCGACAACAAGUCUAGGCAGCUUGGAUACCUCUAUCGCUGUGUCGCUAGCAACUUCCCUCACGUCAGAAAAAGAUUCCGAUCUGCCUGGGACACCCGACGAGGAUACGAUAGCUGCAUUCUUAAGCAAGCAGAAUACCGGUCGGAGCUCGAAUGAUGUCAGCGAGAUGUUUCCACCGAAGUCUACAGGCAACAAGUACACGUUGAUGUUGAAGCGCGGUGUCCCAUUCGAGGCAGUUCGAAACUGCAUGCAGAGGGAAAAUGUCGAUCCAUCGACAUUGCAAGCCGUACUUCCGAAUGAGAGCAGUACAGGCGUUCUCAGUAGCGCCAGCCAAGCGAAUGACAUCCGCAAACGAAAACUCAAAGACGUGGACGAAUUUUCAACCUACUUUCGGAUGCUGCGUAUGGGAUGCCCAAAAGAAGCUGUGAGACAGAAAAUCACAAUGGAUGGAAUCGAUCCUGUCAUCCUAGACCUUGGUUCCGAUGCCAUUUAUGAAGAGGUGAAGAACUGCAUUGCGGUAAGAUCGGGUGUUCGGAAGGUUCGCGAUGGUAUGAUGAACCCGUCUGCGGCAGUAAAUGAAGAUGAGUCUGCAUCGAAGAUCUCGCUGAAUGGCCACGACGUAUGUGCCAAGUAUCAUACGAUGCUAAAGCUGGGAGUGCCAAAGGGUGCUGUGUGCCAAAAGAUGAAGGUAGACGGUGUUGAUGUGCGCAUAUUGGACUCGGGUGAAAGCAGUUUCUAUUCGACGCUACGAGAACAGACAGGUGGGCAAAGGCCUACGGUCACAGUGGAUGAGAUGAAGCUGAUGGGUCAUCCGGAGUAUGCGAAGUACUGUAAAAUGAUGCUAGCAGGCUUAUCGGAAGCCGCUGUCCGUAAAAAGAUGCAAGUCGAUGGCGUGAAUGAGGGGGUCAUGGAUUUCUGUGUAGAGGCCGUGGUAUCACAGCUUCCGAAAUCGUAUGGUGGGAAUCGUGCCAAAGUGCGAGAUGACGCCGCUACAGCCGACUUCGACACAACGAAAAAGAUGGUACUGAACGAAGGAGGUGUAUGCCAGCGAACGAGGCUCGAUGGUGUUGAAGAGAGUGCUUUUGGUCGUAAGGAUAACGCGACGCCUGUCUCGGAUAUAAGUGGUGUGGGAAGUGGCGUAAAGAGGGAAGGAGAUUUAAUAAACGCAACAUGUUCGACAGGAAUGUCUGAAGGUGCGGUGAGGCAAGAAAUGGUGACGGACGAUGUUGAACUGCGUCAGCUGGAGCUCGGCACAAAUGUCAGUGUUGCACAAGUCACUUCUAGUGAACCUGUUGUGGCUGCAAGCGCAGCAGCAGACUCACCCGCGCGUGCACGUAAAAAGCUGCACUGGCAGGCCAUAUCAGAGGACCGGUUGCAAAAUCGUGAUCGGCAAAAAACAAUUUGGGAAGGCGAGGACGAAGACGUUCAGUUUGAUGUCGAUAUGGAUGAGCUCGAAGCGCUCUUUUUUGCAAACCACGACACGGCUAGUGCGAAGAAGGGUUUGUUACGAGGACCGAGUAACGCGUUGAAGAGAAAGAAAAGUGUAACGCUGUUUGACGGGAAACGUGCAAUGAAUGCUGCCAUCUCCUUGGCGCGAGUCAAGCUCACUUAUAGCGAGAUUGCCGAAGCUGUAUUGAAGUUCGAUUCAAGCGUUCUUUCGAUCGAGCAGCUCAUUGGCAUUAACGAAAGCCUUCCUACUUCAGAUGAAGUGGCACUUGUUUCUAGAUAUACUGGGGAAAAGAAGAUGCUCGGCGAGGCCGAGAAGUUUGCUCUUGAGAUCGCGAAGGUCGCACGAUAUGGACCUCGAAUGGAGUGUCUGAUAUUCAAGAUGUCUUUCCCAUCCCGCAGUGCGGAGCUCACCACCUCCUUGUCACGUUUGCAUAAGGCUAGCGAAGAGGUGAAGGGUAGCCGCUUGCUAAAAAGUCUGCUUGCGAUCGUGCUCAAGCUGGGCAAUACCCUGAAUGGAAGCAAAGAGGACAAUGGCAUCAAGGGGUUUACUGUCGACUCUUUGCUUCGCUUGGGGCAUACCAAAGCGGUCAAUCAGAAGACGACAGUGUUGCACUACUUGGUUCGGCUCAUGAAGAAAAAUCACGUCCAGGUCCUUGACUUCCAGGCUGAAUUGCCGAGUGUUGCUCUCGCAGCACGGGAGUCGUUUGCAACCAUAGACGCCGAGUUUGCGAAACUGGGAAAAGGGUUAUCGAGUCUUCGCACUGAGCAGGGGAUGCUAGAAAAGCAGUCUGUCAAGACAAUGGGACUGGAAGCCACGAUUGCGGUGAUACAAGCUGACGUCGCUGACAUCGACGCGCAAAUGGAAACGAUCGGGGACGGGAUAUCUCGCGCAAGGAAGGAAGUUUCAAGUGUACUCGACUACUUUGGAGAAGACCCAAAGCGAAACCCAAGCGAGGUCUUUGCCACGCUUGCUUCGUUUUGCACGGUGUUCCAACAAGCACGCAAUGAAGUCGAUGCUGCAGACGAAGCUGCACGACGGAAGGAACGCUUGACGAUACGUCGGUCCAACACAUUACGACCACUGCCAAAGUCGAGUGACAACGCAACCAUAAAGGUGGUCUCAUCAGGUUCUACAUAG